AUGUCCGGUUGGAAUAUGAAUCUUCUCGACAACGCGGCUGUGAAGUUUGAGAUCUUUCCGGGCGGUGGACCGAAGCCAGCGGAUCCGCAAGCUCAAGAUGGCGCUGCUGCUGGGCAGGCUCAGGGAGCCGGUGAAAAGGGGAAGGAAAAGGGAAAGGGAACGGCCCAGAAGAGUGAAGGCGCCGCCAAAGGUACGGACAAGAAGGGCCAGCAAACGGGAGACCAAGCAUCGAAGACAGCACGGGACAUGACAGCAGAGACCGCGAACCAGACACAGUCUACCGCGGAUACCGCGAAGAAGCAAGCGGGAUCGUAUCAGGAACAAGCCACGGAGUAUGCCCAGUCGACUAUUAAAAGUGCACAAGAUACGGCUGCCUCACAUCAGGAUAAGGCCAUGUCGUACGCCGAGUCGGCACGGGAUACGGCGGGCCAAUACCAGCAAUCGUCAGCAGACUACGUCCGCGAUACAGGUGAUGCUGUACACGAGAAGGGAAGUGCCUAUGUCAGCAGCACAGCAGAGAGCGUGGACGGGGUUGCGAAGGGCUACCUACCGCAGAGCGCGCACGGUUACGCGGGACAGGCGGUGGGAUAUGCUAGUAAUGUGGCUACCGGUACGCUUGGAACGGUCGGAGGUGCUGUGAAAGAUGUCGGGGAUACGGUUGGGAAUGCGGUGAGUUUUGCAACUUUUUGGGGGACAUUGGUCUUAUUGCUGACGGGGACGAUGUCUCAGGGGUACCAGACUGUUGCUGGUCUUGGGAAGACUGGGUAUAAUUUGGGGUCUGGGCUUGGGGGUGCGGUUAUGGGGCAGGGCAAAGAGGAGAAGAAGGAUGAUGGUGAGGAAUAG